GGCAACGGUUGAUCACUGUUUUGAGUGCUCAAUCGAUCAUUCGCGGGCGCGAGCUUUGCAUUCUGUGCAACUUUGCAUAUCCCAACGUCGCUGUAGGUGCGCUUCUGGCUGCGUUUUGUCUCAAAUGAACUGAAUGUGGGGUGUAGUCGAUUUUUUUGGAAGAUUUUAGUGGGACCCGUCGAAGUGAACGAACGAAGAUUUCAAGGACUUUAGCCUGGUGAAGCGAGUGAUAGACCGAUCGACGAGAUUUAAGGCGAUAGCCAAGCUGUCGAAAAUGCGACUGCUGGUGCUGUGCUUGGUGCUAGCAGCGGUGAGCCAUGCGGAAAUAACGACACGCAUCGGUCCAGAUGGUUACAACUACCCAAAGCCGAAUAUCCCUUUCCCGCCACCACAAAAACCAUCACCACCUAGUUCGCCAAGACCCUGUCCGUUUGGAGGAGCCCCUCCGUAUUGCUGUACCAACGGUGGACAGGGACCAAAUUGUGUUGUUCCCACGCAGACACCGUCUUCUCCUAGACCUUGUCCAGCAGGAGGUGUUCCACCAUACUGCUGUACUAAUGGAGGUCAAGGUCCCAAUUGUGUGAUCCCAGCUCCUCCUACACCACCACCAUCACCAUGCCCAUAUGGAGGAGUUCCACCAUACUGUUGUACCAACGGAGGCCAAGGACCAAACUGUGUACUUCCAGCUCCUCCAACGAGACCUCCACCACCAACACGACCGCCACCUCCACCACCAACGAGACCACCGCCACCAUCCUGUCCUUACGGAGGGGUUCCACCGUACUGUUGCACAAAUGGUGGUCAAGGUCCCAACUGUGUAGUACCGACAACACAACCGGAAUAUCUGCCUCCAGUUACCCGCCCGCCAAGUUGCCCAUCUGGUGGAGUCCCACCGUAUUGUUGUACCAACGGUGGCCAAGGACCUAACUGUGUAGUUCCACCUCCACCACCAACUCGUCCACCACCUCCGCCACCAACGCGACCACCGCCUCCACCACCACCACCAUCAUGCCCAUACGGAGGCGUUCCACCAUACUGCUGUACCAACGGUGGCCAAGGACCGAAUUGCAUAGUUCCAGCCCCUCCAUCUCCACCACCGACUAGACCCCCACCUCCACCACCAACGCGACCUCCACCUCCGCCACCAACACGACCUCCACCGCCACCACCAACACGACCUCCACCACCUUCCUGUCCAUACGGAGGUGUUCCACCAUACUGUUGCACUAACGGUGGCCAAGGUCCUAAAUGCGUACUACCAACUCCUCCACCAACAACACCACGGCCAUGCCCAUUCGGUGGAGUGCCUCCGUAUUGCUGUACGAAUGGAGGGCGCGGUCCAAACUGUGAAGUUCCUACUGCCACUCCAACCACUCCUAGACCUUGUCCAGCCGGAGGUGUUCCACCGUAUUGUUGCACCAAUGGAGGAUCCGGUCCCAAUUGUUACGUUCCAGCUCCUCCAGUACCACCACCAACUCGGCCACCUCCACCUCCACCACCAUCCACAAACAAUGAAUAUCUACCACCAUGCACCAAUGGAGGCCAGGGACCAGGAUGCGUUGUGCCCAUAACACCUCCACCAACUAGUCGACCUUCGUACCCACCGGCUACUAGACCACCAGUUAGACCCCAGCCUCCGCAGUGUCCAUCAGGAGGUGUUCCCCCUUACUGUUGUACCAAUGGAGGCCAAGGUCCAAAUUGUGUCGUCCCGCCACGGCCAUCGCAAAGACCGCCAUCUACACCGGCCCCUUGUCCAUUCGGAGGUGUUCCACCGUAUUGCUGUACCAACGGAGGCCAAGGACCCAAUUGUGUUGUACCAACCCGACCAACGCCAGCUCCACCAACAACUCCUAUCGGAUGUCCCAAUGGAGGAUCACCUCCAUACUGUUGCACUAAUGGCGGAUCUGGGCCAAACUGUGUCGUUCCCACGCGACCUCCGACAACGCCUGCACCUUGUCCAUUUGGAGGAAUUCCUCCUUACUGUUGUACCAAUGGUGGAUCAGGCCCGAACUGCGUUGUUCCUACACGACCUCCAACGACACCUGCUCCCUGUCCAUUCGGAGGAGUUCCUCCUUAUUGCUGUACCAAUGGCGGAUCAGGUCCAAAUUGCGUUGUACCCACUAGACCAAUCCCAUCCAAGCCACCUCAAAGUAAUGAAUAUCUACCACCGACGCAGCCUCCACGACCUAUCGGGUGCCCCAAUGGCGGAGUUCCACCAUAUUGCUGUACAAACGGUGGACAAGGACCAAACUGCAUAGUUCCCGCUCCUCCAUCACCACCUCCAACAAGACCACCACCUCCGCCACCAACACGUCCACCACCGCCACCACCAACAAGACCACCACCUCCAUCUUGUCCAUACGGAGGAAUUCCACCAUAUUGUUGCACUAAUGGUGGUCAAGGGCCGAACUGCAUAGUUCCCGCUCCUCCAUCACCACCUCCAACAAGACCACCACCUCCGCCACCAACACGACCACCGACGAGACCCCCACCGCCAUCCUGUCCAUACGGAGGAGUCCCGCCAUAUUGUUGCACUAACGGUGGCCAAGGACCGAACUGCAUAGUUCCCGCUCCUCCAUCACCACCUCCAACAAGACCACCACCUCCUCCACCAACACGACCACCUCUUCCACCACCGACGAGACCAUCACCACCACCAUCCUGUCCAUACGGAGGAGUCCCGCCAUAUUGUUGCACUAAUGGUGGCCAAGGGCCGAACUGCAUAGUUCCAGCUCCUCCAACACCACCACCAACACGACCACCGCCUCCACCACCAACACGGCCACCACCACCUUCCUGUCCGUACGGAGGUGUUCCACCAUACUGUUGCACUAACGGUGGACAGGGUCCCAAUUGUGUUGUCCCCACGCAACCUCCUAGACCAUCGCCAACACAGCCGGACUAUCUGCCGCCAGUAACACGUCCACCAGUAACUCAACCUCCCAGCUGUCCAUAUGGUGGAGUUCCCCCUUAUUGUUGCACUAAUGGAGGACAAGGUCCCAACUGUGUUGUACCUACCCGUCCGACUUCACCUCCUAUAACAAGACCUCCACCCACUCAACAACCUAGCUGUCCGGCUGGAGGAGUUCCUCCAUACUGCUGCUCGAAUGGCGGACAAGGACCGAACUGUAUUGUCCCAACGCCAUAUCCUCCAGCAACAAGACCACCAACUCGACCGCCAUCGGGAUGCCCAGCCGGUGGCGUUCCUCCUUAUUGCUGUACCAACGGCGGACAGGGACCGAACUGUGAACAACCGCCUUCGCACUCGCUAAACCCAGACGGAUACCACUACAAGGUUCCCAGCAUACCGUUCAACUUCUAAGCUGCCAGCGGAAAAUUGUUCUCGUGCAUGUAAAAUAGUUGAGUUAAGUAAACGAGUCAACAAUGAACGCCUCUACGAAUAACGACGUUAGUGUAAACUACGAAACAGUGUACAAAUGUGCAUAUUUAUAAACAUAGCAACCGUUAAAUACUCGAAGUCCUUAUGUUGGCAAUUUUCUAUGGAUUAUUUUUCGGCAACGUUCAUCAGCAAAAUUAAUUAGAGUAGUUGAGAUUGAUGCUAAGUGCUGAUAACAGAAAUAAAUUAUGUUUGAACGUAAUGAAAAGAUGUCUGCAGUUUAAAACAAUCAUAGAUAUAUGCCCCAGAAACAAAUUUUAUUGCGGUGACUAGUUUGCAACAAAGAAUUAGGGAAAAGUUAUGUUGCAAUUUGUUAGGAAUAAGUUACCACAACAAAAUAUACUAUUAGGGCGUUGAACGCGAAGUGAUAAAUGAGUUUUCUCGAUGAAGUGGACCAGGUU